AUGGCAUGGAGUUUCAAAAUUUUAGCAAUUAUGUAUGUGAGAAAACAAGUUUCCAAAAAAAUUGACAAAUCGCAUCUUAAGCAACAACAAUUUGCAAGCGAUACAACAAGUGAAUGUCACAAUUUCGGUAAAAUAUUUUGUCAAAAUCCAAUACUUCAACCGCAUCAAAAUCAAAACGAUGAUUGGUUUCAGACACAUGUUUUACUAACGCCGAUUUACUGA